AUGACUAGAUGGGAUGGCCAUGCUGCAAACAUGGAUCGGCCAGGUUGUAUACGGCUAGGCCAUGAUGAUAAAGCGUGGGGUGUCCAUGAUGCAAACAUGGGAAGGCCAGGGAUGUUCUGCAUAGAAUGUGGUAGUCACCUAGAACCCAACAACAAGUUCUGUGGGGAAUGUGGCACUGCUGUAAAGAAGAAAAGCAGGGUUGCAGAUACUCGUGAUAUCACGGUACCAAGUGAAGCGGAACAGAAACCAAGUGGAAGUGGGUCCACAGGCCCUUUCAAAAGGAUUGAAGAUGAAGGAGUGAAGUCUAAACUGGAUUUUUUGAGGGCAAAAUUCAUCACCAGUAAAAAGAAGAUGAUUGGUACCACCUUCUCCAAAGAGAGUGAGAAACCAGAGUGUUUAGAAAUUCGCUUCUUGGAUCAAAAUGAGAAAAGGAUCCAACGAUUGUUCAAUGGAGUGGAUGCUUCUAUGAUAUUGAGAGUUGAGAAAGAUUCUUCGAUGGACAAUUGGAUGCAGAGUGUGGAAAACAAGUUCAAGACAUCAUUCACAAUGGUACCUAUGAGGUUGGAGGAUAAAACGUACACAGAGUUACCACGGGACCUUAAGUACCAAGAAUUAAAGAAGCGUUCAAAGGGGAAGAGAAAGUACCAUGGAUUUUACGUUAAAAUAUAUGCAAGGUCCAAGCAUUGAAUCAGAUAAUGUGUUGUCAGGAAGCGGGGUAAAUAAGCCAAAAAGUCAGCGCAUUGUCCUCUCUGACUCGG